AAAAUGUUGUGCUGGUGCGAGAAAAGUGGACAAUUGAACACAUUAGAGAGGCAUGUUGUAAGAUUAUUCACAGUGGGAACAGUCGGCGCCUCUGGUAUGUCUACAAUAUGACAUCUAUGGCGCAAAUAUUCAGUAAGAGUUGUAAUUUUACCAGUCGGUAACGUUGUGCGGUGUAUUAUCAUGGCGGAAGCUGAAGUGGCGACAAAAACAGACAAAAUGUCGGUCUUUCCAAACAUUUCUCUGAGGCUGGAGGUCGCCGAUUACCUGAAGGGAGUGUUCUUAAACAAGGAGCUGUUGGCGUCCGUCGGCCAUCAGGAAGCCGAACGCAAUUUCCAGAUGCUUCUCACCUGCCUGUCGCACCCUCCGUCUUACACCUGCGUCCGGGCCAGCGUCCACCUGGCUCCGCAGAGCGAGGUCCGACGCAUGCUGGGCGAGGAGCUGAAGAAGCAAACGUGCGGAUGGGAGGAGGAGGAGCAGCUGGAGAUCGUCCCGCAUCCCAGCGUUCCGGAUGUGCUGCUGAUCCCUGUGGUCGGCCCAAGACGUGUGCAGGAGCUCGGCUCCGAGGCCGAGGUGGUGGUGGGUGCGCAGUGCGGCCACGCCGUGCUGAGGGGCGCUGACGUGUUUGCCCCCGGAAUUCUAUCCUGUCCCAAGCACAUGAAGGCUGGGGACGUGGUGUCGGUGUUCUCCGACGUGGAGGGAAAGUGCACCCGGGGAGCAUUCGGUUUCCACGGGUUGAAAAUAUUUGUGGGGAACGGUUUGGCCGAAAAGGACCGCCGCGGCAUUUUCGGCACAGGAGAAACCGUCAGGGGCGUCGGCGUGCGUAUGACGGAGCCCCUUUACAGGAGUCCCUCCUUUGAUGGAGUCUUAUCUCACCUGGCCUUCUUACAGAACCUUCCAUCUGUGGUCGUGGGCCACGUUCUGGGUCCUCGUCCCGGAGAGCGCAUCCUGGACAUGUGCGCCGCCCCGGGGGGGAAGACGUGCCACAUCGCUGCCCUCAUGGAGGAUCGGGGUGAAGUGGUGGCCUUGGACAAGAUCCGAAACAAGAUGGAGCCGAUUCGCCGGAAUGCUGAAAUGUUGCAGUUACGCAGCGUGACGGCGUUUUGCUUCAACAGCACCAAAGUCGUGAGCGACGAGAUUCACCGCGGCGCAGAAGGGCCGCCCUUCCCUCCCGAGAGCUUCGACCGCGUGCUGCUGGACGCGCCCUGCAGCGGCCUCGGCCAGAGGCCGAACAUGUCGAGCACCUGGAGUCUGAAGGAGGUUUGCUCCUACGCGCCCCUGCAAAGAAGCCUCCUCCGUGCCGCUGUGCGCGCAUUAAAGCGCGGCGGCGUCCUGGUGUACAGUACGUGCACGGUGACGCUGUCUGAGAAUGAGGAGCAGGUGGCUUGGGCCCUGCGCACCUUCCCCGGACUCACGCUGCUGCCUCAGGAGCCUCGCGUGGGGGUCGAGGGCAUGCCGGGUGCGGGGCUGUCCCCGGAGCAGCUCGGCCUCCUCCAGAGGUUCCGACCCGAGUUGAGCUGGGAGGCCACCGCCGCGACACCCCUCGCCAGCAGGGCCGACGGCGACACCAUCGGAUUCUUUAUCGCCAAGUUUCAGAAAAACUGACUUGCUCCCUGCUGGGAUGCUCGGGAACAAAAGCACACUUUGACGCAAAUGGCUGACAACGCUGUAAUGUGCAUGCCAGGCCAGUAGGUGGCAACGGCACUAUGUAAAAGCCAUAGCACAGUAAACAAAAAUGGACAGUUCUGUAUACAUUUUAUGCAUGACAUGGGCAAGCACAUAAUGGAUUUAAAAAGUUUACACACCCCGUUUAAAUGCCAGGUUUUUGUGAUCUAAAAAUAUCAGACCAAGAAAAAAAAAUUCAAACCUUUUUCCCAUCAUUAAUUUGACCUAUUACCUGUACAACUCCAUCCAUCCAUUUUCUCCAAUUGAAAAAAAUAAUUUUGUAGAGCGAAAGACCUCUGCGGAACAUGGCUUGUCCUGGAUCAAAUAUGUCAGAAAAACCCCAACUUGAACGUUAUUUUGGACUUCGAAUGCAAUUGAUUAAUUCUGAGCACAGCUCCAUCCCCAGCUGUGAGGGGGUGUGCACACUUGUGCAACCACAUUAUCGCAAAUGUAUAUUUUUACUUCCCCUCUCGCAAAUAUUUCCACCAAGUAGUACAGGUGGAGUAAAAAGUUCUUAAAAGAUUCAUCUUGGUCUCAUGUUUUAAUACCAAAAAGCUUGCAUUUGAGCAGCGGUGUGUCGACUUUCAUAUCCGCUCUAUGUUAGCGUUCUCGACUCCAUGAGUUAUAUUUUCACGAAGAUAGUAACUUUUGAGGGCAUGUCCUUUAAUCUUAGCGUUUUCAGCUCCAUGUCUGCCAUUUUUAAGUUUUGACUUUGAAACUUCCACUUUCAGGACUCGUCUUGUAAUAUUAGCAUUUUCCGCUUCAUAGCAUAACAUCUCUAAACGUUUUUUUAAGGGUUUACACGUAAAAAGUAACACUAUUGUUUGAUCAUGCUAGCUUUUGGGCUUCAGAAAUGUUGUUGUGUCAUGUCAACAAAAACAACAGUCCCCUCAGCCCCGCUGCGUUUUAGUAGGCAAUGUGAAAAGGGCUAAGCCGCAUAAACAUUAAGGUAGAGGGCGAAUGCAGCGGCGUUGCCGUGGCAACAGUGACAUCACCGUUGCCAUGCCGAUGGUGGAUUCCUCUCCAGCCUGCGCAGACCAGGAAGUGGCGAUGUCACGAGAGGUAUUAACAAUUUAUCGGUGCCGGCGAAAAUGGAGUUAUUGCAUCUCAAGGAUAAUUUAUGGAUGUUUGUCUAGCUGGCACGAUUCCCAGGAAACCCGAUCCACUCUGAGCCUAUUUUAGACUCAUCCCCCUUUGGUAGUGACGUUGCCACGACAACAGCCCCGUGAGCUUACCUCCAUUUUUCAGUAGCGUUUUAAGAGCGAGGGGGAAGAAUAAGACGAGAAGCUAUUUAUAGACGUGACAGCCUGGGUGUUUUUCAAGGAGCAACGCAACUAUUCUAAGAGUCGCCAGCCUUUAAUACACAUUGAAAAACUUGCACUGCGACCAAUGUAGCUUUAAAAAAAAAAGAAAAAAAAAGGCAAAUUUAUAUCUUGAGAGGAAAUAAAGGCUGUUUGGAAUGACUAUAUAGAGAGUUCAUUUUGUAGCGCUGUUGGAAUGUGUAGUCACUAUAAGGUUAUCCUCCUGUGCCUUCCAUGCAAGUCUGGUAGGACGUCUGAGGGGGGGGAAAAAAAAAAAAAAAAAAAGCGGUUGCAGGCCGAAAAUAGUAAAGAUACCAGAAAAAAGCACAGCUCGGUACAUGAACAAAGUCAUGCGGGUUUUUUUUUUUUUUUUUAUCAAAUAUGCAUAUUUGUGAACAUUCAUGCAUAUCCAUAAGGAUCUAUGCAUAGAUACACACGUGUACGUAAAGUGGUUUUAAUGAAAGUCUACACACCCCUGUUCAAAUGCCAGGUUUUUGUGAUAUAAAAAUUGAGAUCAACAAAAACUUUUUCCACCAUUAAUUUGACCUGACUUCUGUACAACUCAAUUGAGAAACAGGAAAUACUUUCGAGAGGGGAAGUACAAAAAAAACAACACAUGCCAACAUUUUAAGUGCCUCUGAUUAACGCCAAAUGAAGUUAAGCUGUUGUAAUUCGCUUUUCCUGACAGGUCAGACAGGUUAUCAGGGCA